CCCACUUCGCCCACCGAACGCCUCGCCACACGCGCUCGCACUUCGUUAGACGCCCACCAUGAGCAGCCGUUCAGUAUCCAUCAAGCUUGCCCCCACACAAGGCAGCUUCCCGUUCGACACCAAAACGCUGUCCUUGACGCCGGACGCCCCGAGGAUAACUCUCGGCGUCCCGCCACCAAAGUCCCACGUAGCGCCCUCGCCGCGGAACGGACUCUUCGAACCUCUACAUGGCACUGUCCUCCCGCUCACCCUCGCCGUGACGCACGCCGAGCUUUACUUGGAGAGCGGCAAGGUUCUCAUUCGGGACCUCGACUCCCCCUUCGGCACCUUUGUCAACACUCAGCCUAUACGUGCGCCGACGCCUCUGAAGCCGGGUGACGUUAUCACGCUCGGCAAGAGGAUAAACAGGAACGCUAAGACGCCUCGGGACAUAACCGACGACCAGCUGCGCCCCAUCAGCUUGCAAGUAACGGUGCUCAGCACGUAACUCCCAUCGUUGCUUUCAGCCGGCUUCGCCCUGCCGAGCCACCGCUUCCCCUCGCUGUAGCCACUGUUCCCCUCGCUGGGAACAGCGCCCGCUUGUCGGACUAUCUGCAUCACUUACCUACUUUGUCAUCUCGUACUUGUCGCGCUUGUUGUUGUAUACCACCUGGUCUCUGUAGCGGUCUUGUUUCGCUUUGAAUCUACGCAGUCGCACUU